AUGCCCUCAUUCGCCAAGCUCGCAGCAGUGGACGCUUCCAACCCCCUUAUCGGGCUAUGGAAGGAUCAGUCCGGCCCCUCUCCUCUCAAAGACCUCCUCACCGAUCGCCGCACCCGCGCCGCCCAGAUCCUCAGCGCCGACAUGCCCUCCAAGCUCACGCACAUACGCGCCCUCAUCGCGGCCGAGUCUGACCCCUCCUCGGCCCUCUGGGUCGGUCACCUCGAGAGCGGCGAUUUCACGCUUCCGCGCAUGAUGCAGCCGGACCACCUGUACCGUCUCCUUGCGCCGGGUCCGCUCGGACCUGCAGAUGGGGAGUCGGGACUGAAGGGGGAAGAUUUGGAGCCUGGGGAGAAGGUGGUUCUGCCGAGUCAGAUCACGAGGGCGGAUGGGGGUUUGGAGCUGGAGCAGGGACUGGACGAUGAUGGUGAUGAGCACCUAGCCGGCGUGGCUAGGUUGAGUAUGGGGAAGGCGAACGGGAAUGGGCACUUAAAUGGUGCUGGCAAUAGGAAGGUCACUGGGAACGGCGGCGUCGAAGGCACGAUGCCGGUGGAGAAGGGAGUCCGGGUCGGACCGCACUGGUUUGAAGUCGUGCCGAGGAACAAGGUCCAGACGGAUCUGGCCAAGCUGGUAGUCAAGGAACACGAGGAUCUACAUGCGAUGGUGCAGGAUCUGAGGGUAUGGCUGGAGCUCGAGAUCCCACUUAUUGAAGAUGGAAACUCGUUCGGCGCGGAAGUGCAGAAUCACCUCAUCAAGGAGCUGCUUACCGCAUACCAAAAGUCCAACAGCUAUAUCAAUGCGAGCAGGCAGCACCACACCGACCGGAUCAAGUUGAUCACCGAUUGGGUCAAGUACCCGAACGUCAUGGACUACCCCGCAGCCAUCACCUCUUCGGAUCGGUUCGACAACUUCAUCUCCCGCUCCUACCUCCGCAGCUUGCUCAUGAUCUACGGCGGCCUCUUGACGCGCUUCCAGCGCAACUGGGAGAAGGUCAUCAACCCCAAGGGGACCGGAGGGGGUAGUUCCGGCGGGGUAUACUAG